CAGGAGGAGUGUCCGACUGUUUACAUCUCGUUUCGGGGGGCCGAGAGCGAUUUUCUCCUGUAUGAUGUCGGUGUGGAAUUAUCGCACUCUCAGCCUUUGAGAAAUAAACGCGGCCAGCACAAAAAGUGACCCGGCGUUGAGACAUGGGAGGCCAGAUAACCCGAAACGCCUUGUAUGACUCUCUCGGUGGUCCAUUCCCCUCAACUGCUCACCGAUGCCACCACAAACCCAAGCGCUGUCUGCCCUUACAUCCAUGUGGAGGUGUCCCUAUGAGCCCCCUUCUGUUCCACCCCAACGCUAAAGGCUCUCAGAUAGUCAUGGAUCUGGCACAGAGGAGCGUCAAACGGCAAGCCAGCUUCUGCAAUGCCAUCACGUUCAGCAACAGGCCCAUAGCUCUUUAUGAGCAGGUCCGCUUAAAGAUUACUAAAAAGCAGUGCUGCUGGAGUGGAGCUCUCCGUCUGGGAUUCACCUCUAAAGACCCGUCUCGAAUCAACCCUGACAGUUUGCCCAAGUACGCCUGCCCUGACUUGGUAUCCCAGAACGGCUUCUGGGCUAAGGCCCUGCCAGAAGAGUUUGCAAAUGAAGGAAACUUAAUUUCCUUGUGGGUGGAUAAAAAGGGGAGAGUAUUUUAUCGCAUCAACGAUUCCAGCCCCAUGCUGUUCUUCAGCGGCGUUAGGACAGCAGAGCCGCUGUGGGCCCUCAUUGAUGUCUACGGUCUCACGAGAGGAGUGCAGCUGCUGGAAAGUGAAAUCGUCCCUCCAGACUUUCUCCGGCCACGAUCCUUCACCACAGUACGUGGAUCCACCUCCUUACAGUGUGAAGCAGACACCUCACGUCUGUCCGUCAGUCUGUGCGAUCUCAACCUGCAACAAGAUGAUGCUAGGCUUCGACUUCCUCCAGCCGCCAUCACCUGUCCCAUCCCUCAAAACUCCAUGAAUUCCCAACAGUCAUCACUGCUACCCCACACCUUAGAAUGUGACCUACGUUUCCACCAGCUCCGGGGUGCCCACAUCAAAACCCUUAAUGAACAGACCGUUGCACGAUCCGAACAUGCCCGUGAAGAACGCACACUGGUCUUCACUGAUCGCCCACUGCGAAUCGGAGAAACCAUCUUCAUUAAAGUCAUCAAGUCCAGCCCUGCGCGAUCUGGGUCACUGUCAUAUGGUGUGACAUCAUGUGACCCAGCAGUUCUUCGCCCUAGUGACCUCCCAUACAAUCCAGAAGCACUGGUGGACCGUAAGGAAUUCUGGGCAGUGUGCAGGGUGCCCACUGCUUUGCAGAGUGGAGAUAUACUGGGCUUUCUGGUCACACAGGAAGGGGAAGUGAUUCUGAGUCAUAAUGGCACCAAUGUGGGGAUGCAGGUGUGUGUGGACAACUCACGACCACUCUGGAUGUUUUUCGGACUGCACGGCGCUGUCACACAGCUGAGGAUUCUAGGUUCCACUUUCUUGGGUGAUGCACGUGACCCCUCCAGCCCGAUUUCCCCCUCAGCUUCACCUCUCUUACCCUCAGGCCUGUGCGGGGGAAGUCCAGAACCCAGCCUCACUGAACGGGGCUUUUCAGCUGCUUUCUGCAGCUCCACUGAAGGAACAACACCCAACUCGCCCAUCAGUCUCCCCAAAUCACCCACUUUCCCAUCUGCCUCGGCCUCAUGGCCGGACGAGUGUUCUAUAUGCUAUGAAAACACAGUGGACACGGUCAUCUACGCCUGCGGACACAUGUGUCUCUGCUACACCUGCGGCCUCCGCCUUAAAAAGAUGGCCAACGCUAGCUGUCCAAUCUGUAGGAGAGCUAUCAAAGACAUUAUAAAGACCUACCGGAGCACUUAGGGGCCCCUCACCCCACAUAAGGGCCAUUAAAGAUCUGCAACUGAUCUAUAUUUAAAGUGAGGGGUGAUGUCACAGUUCAGGGACUUCAUGGGGUUUGUGUUCCCAUGGCUAUGACUCUUGAACCCUUAAACCUUCAAGGAUCAGGCAUCCAUUCACAAAGGUCUGUUGUAUUUCAUACUCAAGUCUCUGUUGCUAUGGUAACCGGUGAUGUUGCUGCUCCAUAAAAUAAUCUGUCUUUUCAACUGAUAUAAGCAGUGGCGGAUUUAGGCAUGGGCGACAUGGGCAGUUGCCCUGGGUGGCAUCUUGUGGGGGGGUGGCACAAGGCAUGAGGGGGUGGCACCACCCUCGGUCAACAAUAUCGGGGACAUUCUCAUUUACAAUCACCCCCCCCCCCCCCAUCCACCCUCCGUCAACAACUUUGGGGGCCUGUUGAAGUGGGUUUCACCCAGGGCGCCAUACAAGCUAGAACCGCUACUGGAUAUAAGACAACAAUAAUGGAAAAUAUCUCAACCAAGUCAAGACAUUUCAGGUGAUUCACAGAAGACUUUCAAUGAUACACUUCUUCGGUUUCUUUUACCCUCUCGGUGAGCCAUAAAAAACUGCAGAAGCCUUGUUCAUAGGUGCAUAUCUUUUAAAGCUGGAAUCAUGUUCAAUAGGGGUUGUCACAGUUUUUGAUGUAUCAUUGUUCUCUACUGUCCUCGGAGUCAGACAAGCUAUGGCACUUGCACAAAUGAAAUAUAUACAAACAAUGUCUCAUUGUCUCACAAUUUUUGUCUGUGGUCAGCUGAGACAGAGUUAGAAAUACAGAUAAGACAUACAGUGUGCUCAUACCUUACCAUUUCAUUCUAGUUGUGUUCCUUUAGUGUGUUUAUCGACAGCUUGUUCUUGUUAUGUGUUAUUUGAAGUCAGUAAUGCCCUGUCGAUAUGGAGGGCUUUGUGGAAUGAUAGAGCGCAACAGGGACUGCACACUUUUUCAGCACUGGCCUUGGUUCCGGUAUUUUUCCCAUUCAUUUUCUCCAUAGGGAUUUCAAAAGAUUCAAAGCCAUGAACCAAAAAAACAAACUCAGAGAUUAAUCACAACAUUACAAACUUACAUUCAAUGUAAAAAUAAGAGGAAAAGAUGAAGAUACAAUUCUGAGAACUUCAUGUAUUUAAUGAGGCAUGACUAUACAUCCCUUGAAGCAUUGCGAAUGAUAAUUGAAUAAAAAAUGAAGCAACUAGAAAAUAAAACUCUUGAUUUAUAGACAUUGAUUUUAAGUAUAAAAAAAAAUUACAAAAAAAAUAAAAUAAUGUAAACUAUAUAUCUGAACCCUUCCUUGGCCUUGAGGAACUUUUGGACCCAUUUAGAACAAUUUUCAAAAUGGGUCAAAAUGAACCGCAACACCUAGGAAGGGUUAAAGGAAUAUUCAAGGUUCAAUACAAGUUAAACCCAAUAGACAGCAUUUGUGGCAUAAUGUUGAUAACCACAAAAUGUAUUUCGAUUUGUCCCUCCUUUAAAAAAAAAAAAAAGCAAAAAUCUGGGUUAGCACUUACAGUGGAAGUGAUUGGGGCCAAUCCGUAAACGUUAAAAUACACUGUUUCAAAAGUAUAGCCACAAGACAUAAACAAUAUGUGUGUUAACGUGAUAUUAGUGUGAUAAAAUCACUUACUAACCUUUUCUGUGGAAAGUUAUGUCCAAUUUGACAACUUCAUUGCCAUGACAAUGUAAUGACAACAAACCCUAUAACUCCAAAAUAACCAUAAAAUCCACAAUUUAAACAACUUUGCUCAAAUAAUGCACAAGUUGUAACAGAAGAAUUAAUGUAAGUGCUUUUUCUAAAAUUAUGAUCUGCCUUUAAACCCUCCAAAAAAUUGGCCUCAAAGUGCCUCAAAAAAAUGGCCAACAUAGAAUAAACGUUACAUAACAAAAUUUGUGCAAACUGAUUUUCAUGUGCCGCUUUCUACGUGAAAUGAACACUAGAGGCACUACAACAACUGUGCAUUGUAUUCACUUUCACGCAAAUCACAAGUACAUCGGCUGAUUAUGACUUUAUAAACACUUAAUUUUCGCUCUAUUUCUCGCACCCUGCUAUGUUAUUAUAUCAAAACACUUUUACUCUAAUGCAUCAUUCGAAAAAAGAUCAAUUUUAACGCUUGUAUUACAGACCCACCUAUAUUUACACACAUUCCAAAGUGCGGUAGCUCAACUGAUGAGUGUUUGACUUUGGACUCGGAAACUGAGCCUCGAGCCAGCUAAGGACGUUUGGAGUGAAAGUGAUAGUGAAGCAAAAGUGGCAUAGAAGCAACACAAAAUGACGUGGUUGCUUCAGUAAAUGUGCUUUUAAUGUCGAGUUUAAAACACUAUCAGUUAGGUUUAGGUGUUGAUUUAGGGUAAGGAUUUUAGUUUGUAAAAAUGUUGCCAUGGUCAUGUAAAUUUCAUGAGAUCAGGCUGAAUUGUUACAAUAAGGCACUUACUUACAACAAAUGCUUUAGAUUUAGCUCAACUUGUAUUGAACCCAAAUAUUAUUUCUUAUUUUAUUUAUUUUUUCCUUUUGAUUUUGGGUUGCAAUGUGACACAGACAUGUUUUCGUGAUAUUCACCCGUGUAUGGGUGGUGAGGUUAGAGGUCCUCCUAAUGUGACAGAGAAUAUACAUUGAGGUCAAACAUUGAGUUUUUAUGUCCUGUAAAUGCCAAUUCAGUUUCCCAAUCAUGUUGGAUCCACAUCAAUAUCUAGAACAGGCUAAGACUUUUUUUUAAAUCCACAUCACAUUUUGCAAUUUCUUGCAAAUAAGUACAGUGAAAGGGGAUACAAUAAUGCGUGUUUGAGCGUAUGUGCCUGUGUGUUUGUUUGUGUGUGGAUGUCAUUGCAGCUCGAGUAAUAUCAUUGAACUACAAUGUACUGCAGGCUAAUAUUGUUUAUAACUAGCCAGUGAGCUUGUAUAAAGCAAUUGUGACAACUGGCGCUUAAAUUCAUGCUGCUAUUAGUAUUAGCCAGCUCUCCUUCAGGCAAUGCUAACAACGUGUCGAGAAGCAUCACUCUUACUCUGUGAAGAGUUUUGCUCUGUUGUUUGAGGUGGUGAUUCACUUUUGAAUGUUAAUUUAUGUUCAUUAGAGGAACCUAUUAUAAUAGCUGUAUCUGAGGUGUUUCUGUUGCUCUUGAUUUUGUUUUUGUCUCUUUUUGGAUUUUUGGACCUAAAAUUAUGAUUGUAUAGUUUGCUCUUCAAUCCUCUGAGGAUCAUACACCUAUGUAUUUCUUGAAAUGAUGGUUGUCUUGUAUUCACAAGCUAUAGUGAGCAGUACACCUGUCAGGGGUUUAGCAGUAAACAAUCAGCCAGAUAAACUAAAGAUUACAUACAUUUUGUUUGGUAUCAGGUCUUUUUAUAAUUUCGUGUAUGUGUUUUUUUCCAUGUAUAGCUCUCUAAAUGUACAGAUCCGAACUUGCUAGAAUUACAUACUGUCCUGAAAAUGCCCCAAAGGCCCAAUAUUUUUGGUGAUAGCAUUUAUUAAAAGAGUCUGGAUUUUUUUAAGAAAAAGACAAAACUUUAGCAAUUGACUAAAAUUUGCACAAUCAAAUAAAUCUGGCACCUUUUCCUUUAGUUUAUUUUGACAUAUGUUAAUUUCUCUUUAGUUUUUAGUUUUUUCCCUAGUUCUGUAAUUUUCUAAAGAUGUCUUUUGCACAAUUUAGGGUGUAAUUUAAGGGCAAUCUUUGUGUUUUUGUCACUUUAUUCAAUUUGAUUGUAUUGGUUACAUGUUACCCCCUUUAUGACAUCAUCUUUCUGUUGAUGUUUGGACAAAAUUAAGAUCAUCUUGUUUGAAUAAGUGAACCACUUAUCCUAUCCCACAUUUCUAUAAUUUAUCCUUGUAAUGAAAUCUCCGUAACACUUUACAAUAAGGUUAUAUACAGUAUGUUAACAGUUAAUGCAUUAGAUACAAUGAAGUAACAAUUACCAAUAUUUUUACAGCAUUUAAAGGUGCACUCAGUCAUUUUUUCCUCAUUAAAAAAAAUGUACUCCUGAAGAAAUGAAUUGUAAUUUUUUUUACAUAUACAGUAUAUCAAAUCAUUAGCAUUCACAUGAAAUGAAGAUACCAGUCACAUCAGUAACCUUAUAAAAGCUGUUUUAUUCUACAUGGAGAGGGUCCCCUCGUGGGGGCUGCCAUGUUGAGAUCACAUGACCACCCAAAUACUACUCGCUUAAUUUCAGUAACUGCUCUGUUAUAGGACACUUUCACUCUUGGAUUAAAUUAAUCAUGACUGACUGUGAAUAGUGAAUUUCUACAAUGGCAUCUGUGACAGAAAACUGUUGAUUUUGAAUAAUGCUGCAUCCACACCACUAGGUGUCACUGCAAGUCCUAGAUGACACAAGUAAAAAGUUACUGAGUGCACCUUUAAUAAUCUUGGUUAAUGCUAAUUUCAGAAAAUAAAUUGUAUAUUGUUUGUUCGUGUUAUCCAUAAUGCAUUAGCUAAAGGUUAUAUUAGUUGAAUUUUAAAAAUGUAUUAGUAUGUUGAAUCUAACAUUAACCAAGUUUAAUAAGUGCUGUAAAAGUAUUGUUCAUUGGUUAACUAAUUUUGUUAACUAAUGUUAACGAAUACAACCUAGGUUUUUGAUGUUUUGUAGAGUAACUAUAUGUGGGAUCAGGGAUUGCAUAAAUUCACCCCAACCUUUAAUAAUUUAAAUUUGAAUAUCAGAUCUGAAUAUUUUUUCAGUAAUAGUAAUAUUCAAUAGUAUUGAACACAAAACCAUGUUUCGUUCACUCAUUACCCAUUGGUGAACAGUGGGACCAAACAGAUAGUUGAAUCAAGAAGGUAUGAUUCCUCUUUCCCAGGGUUCAGUUAAGGGCUGUGUUGAUAAAUUAAUCAGUGAUUCAUAGAGUCCAUGAGGUCAGUAGUGAAAAAAUUGGCUUGGCUUAUUGUGGCAUUCUAUUUUUGACUCAAACUCAUGUUUGAUUUUUUUUAUUAUCUUGAAGUCUGUGAUAAAUUUAUGAAUCUUUGUUUUGUCUGAGUCAAAGAUGACUGUGUCAAUAAACUUUGCAGAUGUGUUUCAGUGAGUGGGGUGU